AGGUCUGUCUUCACCUCUCUGCCUUCUACUCUACUCAGAUGGUUUUCAUAGCACUGUUCUACAGUAUAUCACCAUAUCAAGUGUACAGCAUAAUGCAAGGUGCUAAUGCUCCUUUUGCAGCCAAAGUGGUAGUUUCUGUGAAACAUACCAUGAUUACUUAUAUUGAAGUACAGUGUUGUACAGUGGAUGACACAGUACAUACAGUAAAGUACUGUAAGACAAAUAAGCAAAGCGAUGACAGCAUGUGGUUGUAUUUCUCUAGAAUGACUCGAAGACCUUCUGAGGCAGGACGCCAACGCCUGUUCACACAACAGCAGGAACUCACCGUUGUGGGCCUAGUGAGGGCAGACAAUGCCAUCCGUCUCCACCAGCUACGAAAGCAAAUACUUGCAGACAGGCGAGUGUUCAACAACAUAAACCAUGUGAGCAUCACCACCAUCAGACGCAUCUUGGAACAACACAGCAUCACCAUGAAGCAGCUCUACAGAGUCCCAUUUGAGAGGACCAGUGACGGGGUCAAAGGACUUCGAGCUGAAUAUGUACGGAGAAUCUCAGCCAUGGAUGGAGCUGCACAGCCUCAUGAAUUCAUUUUCAUUGAUGAAGCUGGAUUCGACCUGUGCGAAACAAGACGACGGGGUUGUAAUGUAAUUGGCCAAAGGGCAAUUGUGCACGUCCCAGGGCAGCGCGGGGGAAACAUCACAUUAUGUGCCGCCAUAUGCCUUCGAGGACUUCUGCAUCAUCAUGCAAAACUAGGUCCAUACAAUAGCCAACAUAUACUCACAUUUCUAGAUGCUCUCCAUGAUAUAGUUGUACAGAACAGACCAGAUCAGCCCAGGUUUGUGGUGAUAUGGGAUGAUGUCAGUUUCCAUCGGCUGCUCUGAUCCAGGCCUGCUUCUCCAACCACAGCCAACUUGAAGUGGUAUACUUGCCCCCUUACUCACCAUUUUUAAACACUAUAGAGGAUUUUUUCCGGCUUGGAGAUGGCGAGUAUAUGACCGCCAACCACAUGUCCGCAUGCCUCCUUUGCAAUGGAACAGGCCUGCGGCGACAUUCAGGUGACAGCAAUCCAUGGAUGGUUUCGACAUGCAAGAGGGUAUUUCCCCCGGUGCCCAGCGGGAGAAGACACUGCUUGCGAUGUCGAUGAGGUCCUGUGGCCAGACCCCAACAGACGGCAGGAUCCAUGAGCCCACGUAUGCACAAUUGUCAUGAUGUUUUGUGUGUACAGUAUAGUGUUUUUUCUAUUACUGUAUUAUGGUGUUUGUUUGGUUUUUUUUGCUUUAUCUGAAUUCAUGGUGCUGCAGUGGACAAUACUGAGUAGGCCUAUUUGCUUUUUUGGUUGUUUGUGUCUCCUGAAAAUGUGCCUUCUGC